AUGCAGAAGGGUUUGACAUCUUGGCUGACUUUAUUUUCAAGCCGGGUGGUAAGUGAGCCUUGCGUGAAGCGAAGUAAUUUCUCAAAUGAUCACGUGUCCUUAGGAUGCGGUAGCAAUAUGACAGAGCUUCGUGGUAGAUUUCAUACACCGGGAUACCCAUCGCCCUACCCAAGUGACACGGAUUGCAGUUGGCUCAUAUCGCUGCCCCAUGGAUACGUGGUAAAGCUAUUCAUUACCGACCUUAAUAUCGGAAACUCGAUCCAGCGCUGUUUCUCGUAUGAAGGGAAUCAAGGAUCCCUCACGAUAUACGACGGCCCGUCGGACAACGGUUCAUUUCCGCUGCUGGCGCGCUAUUGUGGCAACGCGGUUCCACCGUCGCCUAAGGUCGUUAGCACUGGCAACGAGGUGUUUGUGCGUUUCAAAGGAGCGAUGAGGACGACCGUUCGUGGUCAAGACGGACGCGGCUUCUUUGCCAAUUACUCGGUUUGGUGCGGCGGCCAUCUGACGGCGAAGUCCUACAGGCAGUUUGUCCACUCUGUAAGUUUCAGCACUACCGAAGAGAGGACCGAUGACUGUUCGUGGCUUAUUGAAUCAACGGAAGUGGGACAAAAGGUGGAAUUGCAGUUUACGUACAUGUCGACCGCGUAUGAUUCAAUCAUUUACAACUGUUCAGAAGACUACAUCGAGGUGUAUGAUGGUCCCGAAGCUGCGAACUACACGCUGCUUGGCCGAAUCUGUGGUCAAGAAAGCCCAACGCCGUUCAUUUCUACCGGCAAUACUCUGUUCUUGUGGACUUCUUUCUCUACCUGGAGCACCUGGCGACGACAGUUUUCGUUUUCCUAUUAUCUGUCAGACUCAAGUAUGUGUUAAGA